GACGAAAGGUACUUUAGUAGGAGUUGAAAUCAUGCGAAAGAAUCGGAGCCAAAGCCGUUUUUACUGAGUUACGACCAAAAUUGUCGAGCAGAUAUACCGCAUGCGUUUGUGUGAAGCAGUGUGGUAGUGGUGCCCGUUGAACCAACGACUCAGCUCUCUCUUUCACCGUCUGCCAGAGUUAGAAAACAGGGUGAUACAUGGCGCAGACAAGCACACCAGAAAGUUGUGUUCAAUCCCUGCCUCUGCACACAAAUGAUGAGUGGAAGAUCGCAACACAUGUGCAAGCGCUUCGAACUGAGGUCAAGCAAUGUAUUGAAAAGGUUGAGAAAUUGAGUGAAGAAUUUCAAGAAAUCAAAUCAAAUGUGCAGGAAACAUUAGAAGAAGUUGACAAGACCCGUUGUGCAGUGACCGAAUUAACUGUAAAGCUUUUAUCUAGCAACUGAUACUGUUUAAUUAAGCAUUGGAUAUUUGUGUUCUUUAAAAAUUGCGUAAUAGUUAUUAUACACAAUAAUUAUACAACAUGACAACAUGAGGUAAAUA